AUGAGCACAACCGCUCGCGACUCGCUAGAUGCGCCUCGGCGUCCGCGCGGGCGCCCUCCGAACCGAUCAUGGGCUUUCUUUACGUCCGUCACGGAGCCCCAGAAACUGCCGUCGGCCGUCUGCCGCCACUGCAAUCAAUUGGUGCACCACCGUCACAAAUGGGGCCAAGCGCGUACCCAUUUGAUGAAAUGUCCCCAAUUUCUGAAUUUGAUGGACACACUUCCAGCCAAUGAGAUGCCCGAGUGGUACCUCGCAGAAGCGAGUCGACGUCAUCAUUUGUUGAGCCAAUCCAAUUUGGCGACGUUUACGAAUCACGGCAUUCCAAAUUAUCAAGUAUUGCAGGAUUACCACCCGACCCCGCCACUAUCAGCUUUGAAAGGACGUCAUGCACUGUCGGUAACAGGAGCAGCACCUGUGCCAAUUAUUAUGGAAAAUCGUGCCAAUAUUGCAGUACAGAUCCCAAUUGAGCGUGAUAUCAAGGAGGUUGAGGAAAACCUAGCCAUGCAUUUGUUCACGACUACGGCCGUGGAAAAGAUAGUGGACGGAACAGCAAAGCUUUCGUUCUUGGAAUCGGCGCUCCAAGCCUGGAGUCAGGACUUUGUGCUUCCGAAUCGAGCAAAGCUGUUGACGGAACUACUGAACUGCUGUUUCAACAAUGUGAAAAAACGAGUUGCGGAUUUUUUUCAAUCCGGGUCGAUGGUACCUGCGACUCUGCUGCUGGAUGUGACAACACCACCAGGCGUGAAGAAAGAUCCGGUUGUGCAUUAUAUGACGAGCUUGGCCAGUUUCGAGAAGUAUCCGAUGUACCUGGAGUCUGUUGUUGCUCCAAGUAGUGAAAAAAAACAAGAUGACGUGGAAUGGAGGACAAAAGAUGUGGCACGAAUGGUGGAAAAGCUGUCGCAUCCUGUUGCUGGAUGCGUGAUGGCCUGCUCGUCGCCAGAGAGCCAGCGGUUACGUGGACUACUGGCGAAAAGGUUCCCAGGCAUGUACUUUCAUGGAUGCAUGCGGGAUGCAUUGUGGUCUUUCAUUUGCCACAUAUUUGCGGGUCGUCGUACAACAGAGGACGACGGCAGCAGCAUUCCGAUGUCGUUUGUUCAAGAGAUACAAGAGUUUGCGCUACAGUGCAAAGACCUGGCAUUCUUUCUGCCACCGCUGAGCGACGAACUCUGCCUUAGCGAGGCCGUAGAAAGCAGCAAGAGUGUCAUCCAUGUGUCUCUGACGCGACGCUUGAGUGUUGCAGAAGCCUUUUUCGCCAUUCUACAGGCUGAAUGCUUCCUGGAUACCGACAGUGUGUCGAAUCAGAACUCCUCUGCUGGCUCACAUGGACCUUGUUCAGAUGGGUUGAGCUUUGCCCCUAAUCGGGCGAAUGUCGAUCAUCUGCAGACUGAGCUGAUCGAGGUCGUGCAAAGUCCACGAUUCACACAAAAAGUACGCAAGUUUUUGGCCGUGUUGCGUCCUGUCCAUACAUUGCUCAAGUCGUUGGAUGGCGGUACUAGUGCGACGUCGUUGCUCCUUUCCGAGGUGCAGUCCUGUUUCUCGAGGCUUGCGCAUCAAUAUGCAUCGAGCACACAACUCUUGCCGGGAGAGAAAAAUGCUUUGCAAGCACUUGUACGACAACAACAGGAAAACGUCGUGGGUCCGGCACAUCUUUUGGCACUCCUUUUGGACCCCGUCUUGCUGGGCGAAAACUUGCCAGCGGAUGCAAAAGCGGAUGUGGAGCAAAAGCUGAUGUCUUCGCUUCGAGCGGAUGGCACUUGCCUAUCUGACGUUGAUAAGAACGCAUUGCAUGCUCAGUAUAUGGACUUCAAGCAAUUCGCCAGGAACUUGAAGACCAGCAGAACCGAGACGCUUGGCUUCCGCUCACUAAAAGAGCGCAGAUUAUCUCCAUUGCAGUUUUGGUUCGCCGACGGUAGUAAGUGGCCGGUGUUGCAGUCUAUCGCCUGUCGUGUCUUCGUCAUGCCAGUGUGCACGGUCAGUGCAUCACGUGUAUUUUCUGAAGCAGAUGUGGCCCUGCGGUAUCUUUGGAACGAGGCAGACUCUUUCUCUGCUAGUCAACUCGCGUACGUGCGGGUCAACACACACCAACUUGAUUUGGCUGAAAUGGUUGGAAGCUCGUUGAUGGCUGAGCCGCAGAAUGUAAGCAAUACAAACGACAUCACGGCUUCCAUGGUCGUGUGA